AUUACCAUCGAAGGACGAGACGAGUUUAACUUUGUGAUUUUCAGCUGCAAUUGUUUUAAGGAAACAUGCAGGCUCCUGACAAUGGAUGGGAGAAGACGCGGCGGCGCAUAUUCUGGGACUUCCUGGAGAACCCUCGGUUCGAACUAUCACCUAUACCUGAAGAGGACCCCGCGUCGCCGGACACGGACACGGACAGCAGCUUGCCGGACCUGAUCGUGGAGCCGGAGCCGGACCGGCAUGACCACCCGCCGUCCUUCUACGUCGGUCUAUCACCUAUACCUGAAGCGGACCGCGCGUCGCCGGACACGGACACGGACACGGACAGCAGCUUGCCGGACCUGAUCGUGGAGCCGGAGCCGGACCGGCACGACGACCCGCCGUCCUUCUACGUCGAUCUAGAACGACGGAUGAAGCGGUACUAUCGCCAGCUCUUUCAUCCAGGUAAGUCAUGA